CAUUCGUAUCCAAUUACCUCUCUGAGAGCUCCCAGACGCACCUUAGAUGAAACGCCCAGCUUCUGCAGACCCGUACUGUGCACACACAUGUACGUCAAUAUUAAUAGUUUACGGAGUGAUAGACACAUCUCAAGCUGUUGAUGGCAACUCCCUGAAUCGAUGCAACCCAGAGCUGUUGUGCUUGGUGCUACCCCGGAAUUCUUAAGCUUGGCGAUCCUAGGAAAAUAUCACAUAAUUGAGGCAUUGCAAAUGCGAAUCGUGGACCCCUGAUUACGUCCACGUCAUGCAAGGAUGGGUCCAUACGUCAGUUCGUGUUGCCCCAAUGGAUCCUCGCCUCGCGAAUGGGGAUCAUGUUAAGAAGUGUUAAGAAGGACAAGUAGUAUUUCGGAUCGAAGAUAUAUUUGGGAGGCACCCGCCUAACUUUUCCAGCUGUCGUUAACCCCAUCGUCCUAGAUCGCCAUUUUAGUCGUUAGUAAUAACCUACAGAAUUUGGUCAUAUUUUCCACUACAGCUAGCCAAACCCGAAUCAUCAUGUACGGAAAAUACGUUCUCACCACUUUCGCCUUGGCAGGCAGUCUUGCAUCUGCCACUCACGCUAAUGUGAAGGCGCGCCAAACCGAAGUAAUAACAAGCCCCGGCGGUCCCCUCGAGUCUGCCACCUCCGCCGAUGGAAGUGCAACCGGGGUUAUAUCUAUCGAAACCGACACCUCCGUUAAUCUGUCCACUGAGACGGGCACCGCUCAAGUCUCAACAGUGACGGGUACCGUUCAAGUCUCAACGGUGACGAGUACGGGAUCGGCCGUCUCCACCGGGACCGAUACGUUUGCUCUCCCCACCAUCCAAACGGAUACAUCAGUUAGCAGCGGCGCCAACACUGAUUCCGCUACGGGUUCGGGCACCGGUACCCAAACGUCCGUAACCCAAACUACGGUAGUGACCCAAACCUCUGGUACCACCGAGACUACCAAUUCAUCCGAGACAACCGGCUCGUCUGAGCCCACUGACUCUUCCGAGCCAUCUCCUACCGGUUCGGCUGCCGUUUCUUCAUCCACUUCUGACGGUGGAGCCGCCUACCCACAAGAGACAGGUUUCGUGCUAGCAGCUGCCGCCGCCGCGGGUAUCGCUGGUGUUAUGGCCGCAAUGUAAAGAGGAGGCCUAACCUAUCGCACACCACGAUUUUAAAUUCUUGAUAUUUUAGAUUAGCAACAAAAUACUAGGUACGCAAGGUCUAAGGCGGAUUAAAAACGUAAUGAGUAUAACGGUAACCAAAAUAUCGCUCUAAAUUUAUUAAUUAUUAUCACUACUUUCAUGUUAAUCUGCGUGUGAAGAUAUCAUUUCUCGUGUGAUUUUUUUGGGUCGCUGAAGUCGGACUAAUUGUGUUGGGUUUGACUCUUGUUAUGUAGGAG